AGAAGGCACUCUCCGGAAUUCCGGCGCCGCGGUCUGGAGCGCUGGGCGGUCCCCGGAGUCUGGCGCAGCCCUAGGGCGGUAAGGCAGGCUCGGUGGUAGCCGCUGCUCUUCUGAAGGAAACAAGCGCGAGACCGGGCAGGUUCUGCGGACCAGAUCGAGGUGGUGGGUAGCGACGGUCAAGGGGGCGUGGACGGUGGGUGUUGACCGAGUCCAGAAACGCCUGCGGUGUAAUCAACCGGGUUUGCUUCCCGAGCCCUUUCAGUCUCCAGAGGCCUAUGAAGUGAAGCAAAUCGCCGCUGCAUCUCUAAAAGCCACGUUCUUUAUUAAAAAUUUCUUGAUUAAAAAAUUGAGAGACUCCUGGGAAGAACAAAAUAAAGAUCACGUGGGAUACCAUCCAGCAGAGUUUUUGGCUUCUGUCUGUGGACUCUGCUUCUUCAGUAAAUGACCCUUGAGAAAAACUAAUCAUUUUCUUGCAACUCUGAAAUCAUGGCUCAUGAUUUGGUGAUGUUCAGAGAUGUGACUGUGGACUUUUCUCAGGAAGAGUGGGAAUGCCUGAACUCAAAUCAGAGGAAUUUAUACAGAGAUGUGAUAUUAGAGAAUUAUAGCAACUUGGUGUCACUGGGAGGAUGUUCCAUUUCUAAGCCAGAUGUAAUUACUCUGUUAGAGCAAGGGAAGGAACCCUGGAUGGUUGUGAGGGAUGAGAAAAGAAGAUGGAGACUAGAUUUGGAAUCCAGAUGUGACACUAAAAAGUUAUUUCAAGUAAAGGAUAUUUGUGAAAUGAGUUUUUCUCAGUGGGAGAUAAUGGAAAGAAUUAGAGGUUGUGGCCUUGAAGACUCUUUUUUCAGGAAAGAUUGUGAAUAUAAAAAGUUUGAGGGACAAGCGGGUCCUCACGAGGCAUAUUUUAGGCAAGUGAAAAAAACCACCUCUGAAAAAAUGCCCAAGAACAGAAAACGCACAUCUCUUACUCUGUAUCCAAGAAUUCACAGUAGAGAGAAGCCCUAUGAAUGUGGGGACUGUGGGAAGGCUUUUAGAGUACGCCAGCAACUUACUUUCCAUCAGAGAAUUCAUACAGGCGAGAAACCCUAUGAAUGUAAAGAAUGUGGAAAAGCUUUUAGACAGUGUGCCCACCUUAGUCGACAUCAGAGAAUUCAUGCUUCUGACAAACUCCUUGAAUGUAAAAGAUGUGGAAAGAUCUUCACAUGUGGUGCAGAUCUUCGUGUACAUCAGAGAAUUCAUGUUGGUGAGAAACCCUAUGACUGUAAGGAAUGUGGGAAGGCCUUUAGGGUGCGAGGACAACUUAAUCUCCAUCAAAGGAUUCAUACUGGUGAGAAACCCUAUGAAUGUAAGGAAUGUGGGAAGACCUUUAGACAAUAUGCACACCUUACUCGACAUCAAAGACUUAAUAUUGCUGAGAAAUGCUAUGAAUGCAAGGAAUGUGGGCAAGCUUUUCUGUGUAGUACAGGCCUUCGAGUACAUCACAAACUUCAUACUGGUGAGAAACCCUAUGACUGUAAGGAAUGUGGGAAGGCCUUUAGAGUGCGGCAACAACUUACUCUUCAUCAGAGAAUUCAUACUGGCGAGAAACCCUAUGAUUGUAAGGAAUGUGGGAAGACCUUUAGUCGUGCCUAUCAUCUAACUCUCCAUCAGAGAAUUCAUACUGGUGAGAAACCUUAUGAAUGUAAGGAAUGUCAGAAGUUCUUUCGUCGUUACUCAGAACUUAUUUCACAUCAGGGUAUUCAUAUUGGAGAGAAACCUUAUGAUUGUAAGGAAUGUGGGAAGGCCUUCAGACUGUUCUCACAACUUACCCAACAUCAGAGUAUUCAUUUUGGUGAGAAACCUUAUAAGUGUAAGGAAUGUGAGAAGAAUUUUAGAUUGCUCUCCCAACUUACUCAACAUCAGAGUAUUCAUACUGGUGAGAAACCCUAUGACUGUAAGGAAUGUGGAAAGGCCUUUAGACUUCAUUCAUCUCUUAUCCAACAUCAGAGAAUUCAUUCUGGUGAGAAACCAUACAAAUGUAAGGAAUGUAAGAAGGCAUUUAGGCAGCAUUCACAUCUUACUUACCAUCAGAGAGUUCAUAAUGUCACUAAAUAGUUAUAAGAAAGCCACCCAUUGUGAAUUUUGUGUUAAGGAGCGUUAGAAAAGAAAUUCUAGAGGAGAAGUGUUUGAAUGUAGGAAUCCCUUUUGCUUCAUGCUCAAAGUUAAAACAAGAGGUUUUAAAAGAGUAGGCUAAUUUAAUGAAUACAUAGCAGUGUUUUAUCACCACUCAAACCAUGUUAAACUUUUGGAAAUUGAUAGAAAUUCAUAGAAAGAAACUCUCUUAAAGAGUGAAUGUGAAAAAGCUUUUGAUCUUACUUAUUACCACCUCUGUUCUUUCAUCUGUACAUACCAACCUUUGGAGGUUGCCAGGGCACCAACUCAUUCUGGACAUUGAUAAACAGAAGGAAGGAGGAGUGAUUUAGCCUGCAUUUCCUGUAUAAACUAUAGCUUAAGGCAACUAGAUGUUGAUGAGGUAAAGUUCUUUAUUAGAGAAUUUGCAGGACAUAAUGAAAUAAUGGAUCUAAGCACAGUUCUCAGUAGAAGUGUUAAGACCUUUAGGUGAAUGGUCUAUAUGAACUUCCCAGUGAAUAGAUCAGGUUGACAACAUCUGACCCACUGAUCAACUUUAAUCUCAUCAAAAAUAGGACAAAACAUUUUAUGCCUCCUUGUAUGAUACAAUAAGACAUCCCAUUGCCAAAAAUAUUGAACCUGAAUCUAAUUAAGCAUCAAGAUCUAACUCCCACUUUAAAGAAAAUUCAGGAAACAGAAGAACAAAUUACACGAUAUAACAGGAAGCAGACCAAUAAAAUGUGGGUAAUUCUAUGAGAGUAAUGACUAUAAGCUUCUCACCCAAUGAAAUGGAUUGAAAAAAGGGAGGUGGAACUCUCAGAUGUUAACGAAGUCUUAAGAGAUGUAUCAAUCAAAUGCAAUGAAUGAGUGUUUUUCAUUUAGAUCACAGGUUGAACAAACAAAAGACAUUUUUAUGACAGUUGGGGAAAUGGGACUGUUGAUAGUAUUAGAUAAUAUUAAGAAAUUAUGUUCUUAUUAGAUGUGCUAAUAGCAUUAUGUUUAUGUAAAAGUGUCUUGGAGAUAAAUUAGCAAGUUUAUACACAUAAACAGUAUGUGUAGAAUUACUGUUAAAAUGCUCAUGCAAAAGAAAAGUGAGGAUAGAUAACUUGUUUAAGUCAUGGUAAGAUAAAUCAGUUGCAUGGCUUUUGCUUAUUUUGUUUUUGCUAUUUUCUCUAUUUUCAUGUAUUUGAAAUUUUCCAUCACUUUUAAAAUCAUAAAGCAUCUAUGAAAUUAUAGCCAGCUUUAAGUGAAUAGUGUUUGUAAAUGGCUACCUAUCAGAACUUACGGAUGUAACUAAAGUUCUACACAUAGGGAUAGUAAAUGUUCUAUAAGGUAUUUGGGAAAUUAAGAUUGAGGAUCCAGAUUUUCUCUAGUGCAACUAAUGCUACAUCUCUUGUAGUACCUGUUCCCAUAGUACUUCAUAUAUUUCAGGAGUGAGUAAAAAGAGCAGUUGCAGCUAUUUGUGUAAUCAAUGGAAUAGAACUGUAGUAUCUAAUAAAGUAGAUGCUAGCAGCAUGUUGAGCACUUAAAACUGAGCUACUGAGAACUGGAAUGGUGGUUAGUACAAAUUAAAAUGGUCUUAAGUGUAAAAUACACAUGAGGUUUUGAGUACUUCAUUCAAAAAAAGAAUUAACAUCUCAAUUUCUCGCAGCGUUUCUCUGCUGUAGUUGGGAAGCUGUGAACUUCAGUGGUUUGCGUUACUACAUAAUACAGAACCCAAAUUUAAGUGUGUCUCUGCUGUCGAGUAGCAUGUUUGUUUACUGAGGCCUUCUUGGUUCUACCCUGAGUCAUGCUGGACUUUUUUUUUUUCCCCUCUUCAUAAAAUGUAGCCUGUGUUUACAGCUGAGUCGUUUUCUCAGACUGCUUUUGGCCUGUAGAGUUUUGGCAUCCAAAGGCCUUUUUUUAAUUUUAUACUGUUUCCCAUUAAGCUCAAGCUUGCAGUGCAUCAAGUACAAUUCUCUUUAAGAUUGUAUUUUCUAUGAUUUUUAUUAGGGUUCAUUCAGUUAGACAAAAGAUCAACAGGUUCUUCUCUGUAUUGGGUUUCCUGUGAGGCUUCUGUGGGAAAAUGACUUUAAAAUUCUUAGAAGCCCUGCUCUUUCACAGAAAGGAUGAAAGUUGGCUUUAUCUUUACCCUGGAGCCAUAUUUUUAUGACAACCCCGAAUACUUGAUUGUUCCUCCACUCUCAAGCCCGUUGUAAUUUUGAGAACCCUUUGCUACCUGUAAACACUGUCAUGAAUCUAUACUUCCUUGAAAUUCUACUUGAAAUAUGCACCAAUUGAUACAAUGAAUAUAAUGUGGUUUUUUUUACUGUUAAUAUGAUAGAUUUUCAAAUAUUGAUUAAAUCUUAUAUCACUGUAGUAAA